UAGUCAUCAGUUGACUUACAAGUACGGGCGCAAUUUGUGGGCGGUUUAUUUAAAACAUAUAAUAGGUACAAACGAUAAGGUACCACAUCCAAAGUGAAAGUUAAUCAAGGUUUAGAUAACGCUAUUUAAUUUUGAUUAAAAUGAUUUAAGGUUUAGUUCUUCUCGCGAAUUGGCCCAAUCAGUUUGAAAUUACUUCACUAGUAGCGCGAACCAUUUCGCGACCGCUGAUAAAAAGUACCAUUUUGGUAUAUAAGUGCAGUUAAGUGUUACCGACACUUUUAAAGGUGGUAGAUACUUGCACGCGGUAGUAUUGUUCAUUUCGAUUGUUUUCAAUAUGGUAACUAAAAGUGAACGUUACAGUGUUACUGAUGGCACAAGUAUUGCAACAAAUACCAGUGAAAAAUCGUUUCCAACAUGGAUGGUAUGGAAGAAAAGAAGAUACGUUGUGGCAAUAUUGGCAUUUUUUGGAUUCUUCAAUGUAUAUGCCUUGAGAGUUAAUCUCAGCAUAGCCGUGGUAGCCAUGACUCAACUACGCGAGGUGGUGAUAAAUGGAACUACUACGCAUGUUCGAGAAUUUGACUGGGAUUCCAAACAACAAGGGUUUGUGCUUAGCUCAUUUUUCUACGGAUACAUCCUAACACAACUCAUCGGUGGAUGGCUGGCGACCAAGUUUGGCGGAAAGCAAAUAUUUGGAGUGGGCAUAGCUGUGACUGCAGCCUUAACCGUCAUUACACCCUACGUCGCCAAGCAAAGUUUCUAUUUGCUUAUAGCUGUUCGUGUAAUAGAAGGAAUAUUUGAGGGGGUCACAUAUCCUUGUAUACAUGCCGUAUGGUCCGAGUGGGCGCCACCGUUGGAAAGGACGCGACUGGCAACAAUAGGAUUUUCGGGAAGUUACGUUGGAACCGUGGUCGCGAUGCCUCUGUGCGCGUUGCUUGCCGAUGAAUUGGGAUGGGAGUCCAUAUUUUACGUGUGUGGAACUUCGGGUUUGAUUUGGUUUGUCAGUUGGUGCCUAAUUAUCUCUGAUUCUCCGAGCAAAGAUCGCCACAUUAGCCAAGCCGAGCUGAAAUACAUUCAAAGUUCACUGGGUCAACAACAAAAAGGACGAGAUAUUAAGCACCCUUGGAAGAGCAUUCUCACCUCAAUGCCUGUCUGGGCUAUUGUUGUAGGUCAUUUUAGUGAAAACUGGGGCUUCUAUACGUUGCUUACACAACUGCCAACGUUUAUGAAAGAUAUUCUACAAUUUGAGUUAGGAGCAACUGGAAUUAUGGCUGCAAUUCCAUAUCUUACAAUAUCCGUCACGACUCAACUUGCUGGUCACGCGGCUGAUUGGCUGCAAGAGAGGAAAAUUUUUACGACGACUCAAGUUAGGAAAAUCUUCAAUUGUGGAGCGUAUAUGGCACAAACUGUGUUUAUGAUAACAGCAGCUUACUUGUUGUCUCCGGUGGGUACAACGGUAUGUCUUUCACUUGCAGUUGGCCUGGGAGGAUUUGCAUGGGCUGGAUUUGGGGUAAACCACUUGGAUAUUGCCCCCCAACACGCCAGCGUCCUAAUGGGUUUAAGCAAUACAUUUGCAACAAUUCCCGGAAUAGUGAGUCCUAUUAUAACAGGAUAUAUCGUAACUACUCCUACGGCGUUUGAAUGGCAAACUGUGUUCUUCAUCAGUAGCGGUGUCUAUCUGUUCGGGUGUAUAUUUUAUGGUAUCUUUGCGAGUGGAGAACUACAACCUUGGGCCGUUGACAGAAGUUCUAGGGAAUCUGUUGAAAUCGAAGAGAAGAAAAGGGGCUCAGAAAAUUUCGCGUAUACCUAUGAUUAAUAAUUUCGUCAGAAAAUUGAAUUUCUGUUAAUUUUUAUUUAAGAUGUGAACGACCUGUGAUACAUUAGCAAUGUAGUAGAAGUCAUUUUUUUUAUUAAACUCAAACUUUCGCCACGAAAAAAACAUC